GGUUUCUUAAUUACCAAUAACAUAUCAUCUGCAAAUAGCAUUUGUUUGUGAGCUUGCUGACCUAUCAAUACUCCAGUUAUGUCCGGGUUUUGUCUUAUUAGUGCUGCUAGGGGUUCGAUUGCCAAUAUAAAGAGCAGUGGUGAGAGGGGGCAACCUUGUCUUGUCCCUCUAUGUACUGUAAUAGUGUUAUAAGCAAAGGGGCCCCAUUUUAAAAAAGCUUGUGGAGUGUUAUAUAAAGCUUGACUUAGCAAGAUAAAUUUACCCCCAAAGUUCCAUUUUUUCAAUAUAUAAUACAGAUAAUCCCAGGUAACUGUAUCAAAAGCUUUCUGUAUAUCUAAUGAGAGUAGGAGCGCUGGGGUUUUGGAAGAGUUAAGAGUGUAUAUUAGUUGUAUUAAUCUCCUUAUAUUUUCUCCACCAUCUCUGUUGGGGACAAAGCCGACUUGGUCUUGGUGUAUUAAAUUUGCCAAAAAUGAAUUUAAAAGAGUGGCCAGUAUUUUGCCUAAAAUGUUUACAUCAUUAUUCAGUAUGGAGAUGGGACGAUAAUUGCCACAAUCUGAGAGGUCUUGUGAAUUGUAUUUCUAAUAAUGCACAUAUUGUUACUUUUUAUUUCAAUGACCCCUUGUUUGUUACUACUAAUUUAUUGUUUUGCUGUACAGUGUUUUGCCCUCAGGAAGCGCUAUAUAAAAAAAAUAUACAUAUACACACAUAACCUCUUUAUAUAAACCUGAAAUAUAAUGUUUUUGGCUUAAGUUAAGAGCUGCAUAACAUCCCUUAUGGAUUCUAUCUGUAUUGAACCUUAGGUGUAAUAAUCUGGCCUGAAAUAAACAGUUACUGACAUUUUGAUCUCACCAAGAAUAUAAGUUAAAUGUAAAUUAAUACAAAAUUCCUCUCAUUGAUGAAUAUAUACCAGUUUGAUUAAAGUAAUUGUUAAUUGAUACAAAUAAAUUAAACUCAUUGACUGAACAUUGGCAGAUAAUAAAGACAUGACUGAUACACAUGUGCCAUUAUACAAUGUGACACAGAUAUUCCCCCUCCCCCCAGAAUAAAAUACUGACUGUCAGGUUUGGGCAGAACAAGUUAAACAAACACAAGCAACUUCCUUAUCUCACUGGCAUUUUUUGAAAUCCGUAAGAUUAACCAUGGUCUCUCUUCUGCUUUGACAGAUCCAAAAAUAAGUGAGACUGCUGAGACUGCUGGUUCUGGGCAUGAGACAGCCCAAGCCAAUCACAGGCUGAAUUCAGAUGAGCUGCAUUCAUAAGAGACAAUAUCCAACCAACAGAGAAUAAAACUAGAGGGGAGGAUUAAGAUCACACUAGUUAUUAUGAGUGGAGCUGCCAUACUCCCUCCCUCCUCUCACUCACCUCUUUUCUCACUGUUACAAAGUUUCUUGUCUAAAGCUACAAAUUAUUCUGAGCCUGAUCCUCACUGUAUUCAGAAACUGAGAGGGUUAACUCCCAGGAGUACAAAGUGCUGUUUGUCUUUGAUAAAAGGGAACUUUCAGUUUCGUUUCUUGUUCAGUUGCUGUUCCUGCUCUCAGUGAUGGCGUCGGCUGCUGAUCUGAGAGACGAGCUGAGCUGCUCCAUCUGCCUGAGCAUUUAUACUGAUCCUGUAUCCCUGCCGUGUUCCCAUAACUACUGCCGGGGCUGUAUUGGGACAACAUGGGACACCCAGGAGGGAUCUGGGGCUUAUUCCUGCCCUGAAUGCAGACAGGAGUAUGAGGAGCGCCCUGCCCUGCCCAGGAACAGAACUCUGGGGAACAUAGCAGAGCGAUUCCUUUCUGCUCAGCCGGAGCCGGGGGAGACUGGGAUUCCCUGCACCUACUGUGUCCUCUCUCCUGUACCUGCUGUUAAAUCCUGUCUCCUGUGUGAGGCUUCUCUGUGUAAUAAGCACCUGGGAAUGCACAGCAAGUCAGCGAAACACGUCUUAAUAGAACCCACAAUGCACCUGGGGGACAAGAAAUGCUCAGUCCAUGAUGAACCCCUGAAAUAUUACUGCUGGGAGGAGUCUGUCUGUGUCUGUGUGUCCUGCUUUCUGGCCGGAGAGCACAGGGGCCACAGGGUGGAGCUGCUGAGUGAGGCCUCUGAGAAGAAGAAAGAGACACUGAGGAAAGUUCUGAAGAAACUGAGGCCAGAGAGAAAGGAGACUAAGAGAGGAGCCCAGAGACUGCAGGAGCGCAGGAGAGAAGUGGCAGAAAAAGCAGCUGGUGAGACAGAGAGAGUCACUGCCCUGUUUAGAGACAUCAGGGAACAGCUGGAAGCCCUAGAGAAGAGACUCCUGAGUGACAUCUCCAGGGAAGAAGAGAAGGUUUCCCUCCAACUCCAUGAUCUGAUCCAGGAGCUGGAAAUAAAGAAGGACGAGCUGUCCAGGAAGAUCCGUCACAUUGAGGAGCUGUGCAACAUGGCAGAUCCACUCACUGUCCUACAGGAACGGGAAUCACAUGGAGCUGAAUUGUAUGGAGCUGCAGAUAAUGAGGGGGGCAGAGAGAGAGAGGAUUCAUUGUUUCCAUUAUUGCCUGUUUUUCUGCCUUGGCGAAAGGGAAAGAACACACAGAUGAAUAGAGACAGGUUACAAGAGAGACAUGAUAUAAAGGUCCCUGCUGUAGGGGAUGUGGAUCUGAUCUCAGAGACAUUACUCACAGGCUUAGCUUACCCACAAUCCCCAGAGAGAUUUCAGAAUAGGGAGCAGACUUUAAGCAGCAGGAGUUUCCCCUCAGGACGACAUUACUGGGAAGUGGAGGGCAAUGAAUCAGGGAACUGGAGGGUAGGGGUGGCCUAUCCCAGUAUAGAGAGGGGAGGGGGUCUGUCCUUGAUUGGGAAUAAUAACAAGUCCUGGGCUUUGUACAGAUGGGCUGAUGACAGAUAUUUUGUGGGACAUGAUUGUGAAUGGACAUAUUUACAACACGUCUCUUCCUGCAGGAGAAUCAGGAUCUCAUUGGACUAUGAGGCCGGACGUCUGUCCUUUUAUGAGCUGAGUGAGCCAAUCAAACGCUUACACACCUUCACUGCCAAAUUCACUGAGCCCCUCCAUGCUGCAUUCUGUGUAGGGAGGAACGAUUCCUGUGUGAGAAUCAUUAGUUAGGGCACAGGCCACUGUAGAUCUAGAAGUAAAAUCACAUUCCUCUCGGGCUCAUUGAGUGGCCACGUCCCUAUAUCACAGCCCUUUUUAUAAAAUUUGUCAGGAAAGUCUGAACACAUUUCUGGAGUUUUAGGGCCAUGUUUUAUGUGUUAUUACAGUUAUGCUAAUGAAGAGACCUCUCCCAAGAGACCUGCUGAUCUUAUUAGUUACAAUUGUAUCUCAGUGCAGGUGCUGAGUAUUCUGGGAUCUGACAAAAGUCUCCUUUAUCUCAUUCAGUUUGUGAAACUUUGUUACUUUUCCUGCUCAUUCAGUGUCAGGGAUCAAAGAGAAAUGUGAGAUGUGAAUAAGAAUUUGGGACUAUGGGCUGAGCUGUCACAACCAGAACUGUCCUGUGAAUGUACAAUAUACAAUAUGUGUGUUAUACAAUAUUCUGUGGGUAUGGGGGGGGGCAGAUUAUAUUAGAGACAAGAAGCCAAAUACAUUAACCCCAUAUUAACCCUGGGGCACAGCUCUUAUGUGAGGGGAUUAUCCCAAGAUUUUACUGAAGUUAUACACUGAUCAUGUGACUAAGAAGGAUAUGGCCAGACAAUUAGUUUGGCAGUGACAGUGUAAAUUCGCCCCACCCAUUUCCUUUAAGGCCACACCCACUGAUAUUUCCUAUAGGGAAUUGCACAUGGGGGAGUGAGAGGACUGUGCCAGUCACAUGAUUAACAGCUCAGUUGGUGCAGCAAAUGGCUCAGUUGCCCCUGAGUAGUGAGCCCAGGACUGAUUCACUGGUCACUAAGGCAAUUAUCCAUGAUCUCCCUCUAACUGAUCUCACCACUGUGUGUGUAUAAAUAAAAUAGGUCCGGAUUUUAGCAAAUAAUGUGCCUGAGACUUUGUGACUCUUCUCCUCUUACUGUGUGGGAGGGGCUUGUGUUUGUUGUAUGGAAUAUGCUGCAUUGUGAUUGGCUUAUAUCAGUGAUAUUCACAUCAGUCAGGUGACACCCCUACUUAUCUGCAGCACAGAUCAGAUGGGGGGGCUGUUCUAUUGCAGCUCUAUGGGAAAACUGCCUGUUGUCUGAUACAGGUGAGAACUGGGACUGCUAAUAAUAAUCUAUAAACCUAAUUAUGAAUACAUUAUUGUAUUAUUGUAUUUUAAUCUGCUGAGAGAGCUACAAUUUAUAUCCUGUAAAUAAUCUGAUGGCUAAAGGCAACACAAUCCCUAUAAUAAAGUUUUUGCAUAUUUUUGUUGGUUAUUGUUAUUAAUAAUAAAAUGUGAGAAUGUU